CAACAAGAGAGAAUAAAAAAAAAAAAAAUGAAGUGUUAUUAUUCUUUCUAUUGGGUCUUCAUUUUUCUUGUCUUCUUUUUUCUUUGCUCCAUGACUCGUAGCUCCAAUGUAAUCAAUCAAGCUUGCAAGGAUGCUGCCAAUAACGACCCAAACAUAAACUACGAAUUUUGUGUUUCAUGUCUUGAACAGAAUGUUGAGCGUCAUAAUGCCAGCAGCCUCGAGGAAUUGCUUCUGAUUUCGAUGGACCUAGCGAUAACCAACGGGACAAAUGUCAGUUCCCACAUUUCUAAUCUCUUAGCUGAUGAAACGCUCGAUGGUUAUACCAAGGGCUGCUUGAGAACUUGCUCAGAGCUCUAUUCAGACGCAGUUUCUGAACUACAAGAUGCUCGUAGUGCUUUCGAGUUGAAAGAUUAUGCUACAGCUAAUGGACAGACAAGUGCUGCCUUGGAUGCCCCCAGUACCUGCGAAGACAGUUUCAAGGAAGGAGGUCUGAAGUCUCCUCUGACCACGGAGGACUUAGUUUUCUUCAAAAUGACUGCAAUCCCUCUAGCUUUUCUCAGUAUGAUUCAUUGAAGACAAGAAUUUGUAUGUUUUUGUUAUCUUAUUUUUCCUGGCCAAUCUUUAAUUAAAGUUGGAGUUCUAUAAAUCAAAUGCAAUUCA